AUGGGAAUUGAUCACUACAAAAUACUUGGAGUGAAUCGCAACGCGAGCCCAGAUGUGGUGAAGAAAGCAUAUAAGAAACUGGUCAUGUUUUGGCACCCUGACAAACACUUGCAGGAAGAAGCUCGAGCCAAGGUCGACGCCAAGUUCAAGGAAAUCAACCAGGCUUACCAGAUUCUCAACGACCCUGUGAAACAACAUAACUACGAUAGCAUCAUCGCCAUCGAGAGUGGCAGAGAUCCGAGGAGGAGUGAGACAGUGGAAAGUUGCUGGAGGGUUUUUUUGGCUCUACUGAACAUACAUACUGGCUUCUUUUGCUCUUUUUCGCCGAUUGGUGUUCAAAAUGGAGUUUCCAAGCUUAGCUGCACUGCUGAUAUCUUGAGCAAGUCUGGGAGAAUGGUUGAUAACAACAAGAAAAUCACCCGUGUUCUUUUUUGCGGGCCACAUUUCCCCGCUUCUCAGGAUUACACGAGAGAAUAUUUGAACGAUUACCCUUUUGUCCAGGUUGAAGAUGUACCCUUUGCUGAUGUGUCUGAUGUUAUCGAGAAGUAUGAUAUCUGUAUAGUGAAAAACAUGAAGUUAGAUUUUAAUGUCCUCUCUCGUGCAAAAAAGAUGAAGCUUAUAAUGCAGUAUGGUGUUGGACUGGAAGGCGUUGAAAUUGAUGCUGCGACUAAGUUUGGAAUUAAAGUCGCUAGGAUUCCGAGUCAUGCCACUGGAAAUGCAGCCUCAUGUGCAGAAAUGGCCAUUUAUCUCAUGUUGGGCCUUCUCAGAAAGCAAAAUGAGAUGCAAAUUUCUAUAAAGCAGAGAAAGCUUGGAGACCCAAUUGGUGAAACACUACUUGGAAAAACAGUCUUCAUUUUAGGAUAUGGAAAUAUUGGAAUGGAGUUGGCAAAGCGCUUGAAACCAUUUGGUGUGAAAAUUAUUGCCACAAAACGGAAUUGGGACACUCAUUCAGAAGAUUCGUGCCAAUCAAAUGCGUUAGGUGACUUGGUUGACGAGAAGGGUGGUCAUGAAGAUAUCCAUUCAUUUGCAAGCAAUGCGGACAUUGUUGUUUGUUGUUUGUGUUUAAAUAGUGAAACAGUUGGCAUUGUAAACAAGUCAUUUAUAGCAUCGAUGAGAAAGGGUGCCCUUUUGGUAAAUAUUGCCCGAGGGGGUCUCCUGAACUAUGAAGCUGUUCUUUAUUACCUCGAGUCCGGACACUUAGGUGGCUUGGGCAUUGAUGUUGCUUGGACUGAGCCAUUUGAUCCUGAUGAUCCCAUUUUGAAGUUCAAUAAUGUUCUGAUCACACCUCAUGUUGCAGGAGUUACAGAGUAUUCUUACAGAUCCAUGUCAAAAAUAGUUGGUGAUACUGCCAUUCAACUUCAUGAAGGGAAGCCUUUGACAGGACUGGAGUUUGUCAACUGAUUCAGUUUAUAGAAUUGGCUUGUGACCUAGAUAAUUUGGGGUUAUUUAUCUAUUGUUACAGGGGGACUUGUAUUUGUAAUUGGAGGGGUUUGUACCUUAAAAUAAUCACCUUUUGGUGAAAUAGACGAUGAAUAAGAUUAGGAAAACACACGUAUCGUACAUACAACUUUCAAAUUCAUAAUGAUUGAAAGUUGGAAGACGUUGAGAUAAUUGGAUUUGUACCCAAUUCCUACAUUCUAGUAAAUACGAUUUCAUUUGA